AAAUUAUUCGUGAUAUUUUUGUUAUUCUUCUCGAUGCAACUCACAGAACAAAUAAACAUAAGGAUUUAUUAUAUACCUUGCUUUCUCCUGACCCCAAAACCGGAAAAGGUAUCAUGCUCGCUCACCUUAUUUCAUCCCGCAAAAACUUCAAAUCUGUACAGUAUUGGUUUUAUAAUCUUCGCGCUCAAUUUCCUAACUGGCAAGGUCCUACUGCAUUUUUAGUUGAUUGCGAUCUGGCACAAAUCAAAGCCCUUCAUGUGGUUUUUCCAGAAAGACAUAAACUCACAUCUGAUGAGAAAAGAUCGUUAGAAAGUGAGCUCUUUGAAGAUUUAAAGUACCUAAUGAACAUUGAUAAUAUAAAUGUCAUUGAUGAAUGGCUGAAUGAACCAGAUGAAUACGGAAAUCUUAAUGAAAUUGACAAAAUCAUGUGGAUAAAAGCUUACCGUACAAGAAUUCCACGCACUAAUAUGGAUACGACAAAUAUGCUCGAAUCUUGGCAUAAGC